CUGGAAGUUUAAAAAACAUAACCCGGAACUGUUGUCUGAAAGGUGAUCUGUAAACAAUCCUCACACCCAUGCCCUACAGAACACGAUUUCAUUAUUUUGUAACUAAUAUCUCGACUUCAUUAUCGGUGGCUGCACAUAUCUGCCGCGGAACACUUCGGACAUCAUAUACGUCAUCGUCUGAGUGCAGAAGCAUCACCACAGUCAGGAGGAAUAGAGCCGAGUCCAGAACAGGAAAAUGUCAACAGUAGCUGAACCAGCGCCGACAGCGGGAUCCGCAGCGGUCUCUAGUCCCGGGGAGAGGGAUCCCAGCCCCAGGGAACGGUUCCAGAGCUGCUGGAGCUGCCGGCUGCUGUCGGGCGGAGGUCUGAUCGCCGGCGGGCUGUAUGUGUUCCGGGCGGCGAAGAGCGUCAUGCGGACAGGAGCCCCUCCGACCAUCGGCCUGGCCAUGCAGCUCACCUUCGCUGCUAGUUUGGGAGCCUGGGGGAUUGUUGUGAUUGCUGACCCUGUAGGAAAAGCACAGAAGUCUUCGACAGAUGAAUGACAAUAUGAAACAAAACCAUAAUGUAUAUUUGACUAUCAUGUAGUCGAACCCGAUUUGUCCUAAUGCCACCUUUUGUAUAAAUUCAGGAACUUUAUUUAUCCUUCAAAUGAUUGUCAAAUAAAAUGUCAGAAAUCCAAA